AUGAUCAACAAAAUCUCAGCAUCGGAUACCGUUGCCGAUCAUUACUCGGUCUUCUACACUCCCAUUCAUUCACCAUUUCCAAAUUUCUUCGCCGCGCUCUCGUUCUUUCCGCCAGUUUCACCAGGCAUACUCUCGGCUUCAUUCAGCUCCUCACAACUGCAGACCCCCGCACAGAAUCCGCCGACACCGGCCAGUAACAAGAAACCUACAAAAGUUAUUCUGAUUGUCGAUUCGAAAACGACCGAGAUACUGAUAGCGCACAGUAAUGUUAAGCGGCUGCUCGGCCUAUCGUAUGAGCAGAUGAUCGGGCGCCAGCUGACCGAAGUGUUCUCAUCAAACUCGGACGACAAGCCGCCAGUGAUAGCUUACAGCGAGCUGUUUCAUCCGGACGGCCAGCUGAAAUCUGUUUAUGGAAAAGCGGUGUGUCCUUUCAGAAAGAAACGGUCCUUACUGGCCUCAUCACCGAACUCGUCCAAUGGCCAAUGGCUACGAUGUAGUUCUGACGUUUCAACAUUUACGUCAUCGCCAAUCGUGCUUACAUCAUUCGCAGUAGCUCUAUCCGAUAGCAUAAUCAGCAAGCCACCACCACUGCUGCUACAUCCUAAACUGGACAUGAGCCAGGCCGGGAUGGGUGGUGGAGUGGAGGGGAAAGAAGAAGGGGACGAGGAGGGCGGGCAAGAGUGGCUCUAA